AUGCCCUCGUCCGAUGUGCAAGAGUUCCGGCAGGCGCUGGCCGACGCUCAGCACAUCUUGGUGCUCUCAGGCGCCGGCCUGUCGGUGUCGUCUGGCAUAGCGACCUUCCGCGGUAAGGGUGGCAUGUGGCGAAAGUAUGAUUCCGCAUCUUUGGCGACGCUCGCCGCUUGGCAAGAGAACCAGUCCAGAGUCUGGCAGUUCUUCCAUUACCGUCGUGAAGAGAUCCGUAAAGCAUCGCCUAACGAAGGUCACCGAACCCUCGCCCGACUUGCCAUUCCCAGCCUGCGCAAAGCCGUCUCACCGUCUUCGACAUUUGUCCACGUCACACAGAACAUCGACGGCCUCUCGCCAGCCGCUCUCUCCCAAGCCGCCUCCGACGCGCACGGAACGCCAGACGGCGAAGUGAUUGAGAUGCACGGCAACAUCUUCGACGUCGUCUGUUGCGCGCACGACUGCGAUUACACCGAACGCAUCACUCGCUCCCCUAUAUGCGACGCUUUGGCCGGGACAGAGCUCCUUGUGGAAGCGGGUGACGUAGAGCCUGUGGUUAAAAGGGCAGACUUGCCGCACUGCCCCAAGUGCGGGCAACUGGUGAGGCCCGAUGUCAUACUGUUCCAGGAGAGGCCGAAGAGGAUACAUGAGAUCUUGGAGCUGGCGGAUAGAGCCGAUCUGUGCAUCGUCGUUGGUACUUCGGCAGUGGUACAGCCAGCUUCAAGAAUCGGGGAACGGGUACAGGCGCACGGAGGGAAGGUCGUCGUCUUCAAUAUGGAGAUGUCCAAUCAUGCUGAUCAGGCCGACUUUGUGUUCCUCGGACCAUGCGAGGAGACUCUGCGAGAGAUCAUCGGAGUAUGA